UAUUUGCAGAGUGGGGAGGGGAGGGGGUGUGGCUUACAUGCUUCUUCUGAAAUGCUACAAAGUAGCUAACAGACGUAAAACUCUGAUGGUAUCUGUUAAUAUAAGUGAACAGGCUUACGAUACUAAAAGCUGACCUUAAGUGACCCUGCGCCAUGACGGACGUGACGAGACCAGCCGUCCGGAAACCUCCCGACCCGCCCGGACACCAGGCCAAACUCCGAGCACGGAAACCGCCCGGCUGGCGGGCUAAACCUCCGGUUCCAACUUCGUCUACAAGAUUCCAGGCUGUUCCAUUUUCGAAAAGCACCCCCACCAGAGGGCCACCGCUAUCUGCUGUUCCAUUUAACGACAGCACCCCCACCAGAACACCUGUGCCCCCAGCAGCAUUACCUUCAACUGCCUGUCAAUCACCUGAGGUGAACCCCAAUCACCAUGACAACAGCCAAUCAGGCGCAAGCUUGAUCCCGAGCCCGAGCGAGGCGGUGAGAUCAGUCAUGACUGGAGCGAUGCGGCUCACAGGGCUGGUGAGAGAGACCAUGGUCAAGGUCACGCACGCAGCCUCCGCUACAACUAGCGUCGUUACACGGACCUGCUGCGCUGAGAAUACGAAGACAGAGUCCAGCCAUCACACAGCGACUUUUUCGACAGCCAGACAGACAGAAUCCUACCAGAUGGCCAUCCCUACAGACGACCACGUUGAAGCCGGGCCUCCGCCGCUCGGUAAAGCGUCCAUGGCGGCCAUUCCGAGCGACAACAGCGCGAAAACUGGACCUAACGCACCACUGACGAGGAAGACAAAGGCUCUCCCUGUCCGGAAAGCGGCUCCUGUUCCGCAGAAAUCGGAAAAGGAACCGUCGACCGAGGCUUCUCCAGUUGAGAGGCAAGAUUCGCAGCCCGACCAGGAGCUGGGACAGACGUACUCCGUCGCAAAUCUACGAAAGCUGUUCGGAGAAACGUACUCCGUCGACAAGCCUGGAGAGAGUCCAGACUUCAGCGGUACCUACAAGGUGCCUUCGCAAGGCAAGGAUUUGGGCAGCACUUUUGUGGUGAGGACAGAGAACGCAGAAGAAGUCGGUGCAUUGCCAUUUGAGAGUACGGACACAGUGAGGCUUGAAAACGCAGAAGAAGUUUGUGCUCAACCGUUCGACAAAGACUUUAACAAAGGUAGAAAGUUAUGCCUGAUGGCCAUCCCUACUGAAUCACAUGAGGAGGAGGAAGAGGCUGAGGGUCAGUCUCAAGGAGCUACGAAUGCUCCCCAGCCUCCCUCCCUGACUGAUGCAAUGAAGUCAGUAGUUGUUAAAGACAUUCUUCAUGAGGGCUACAGCCUUGACCUUGUGAGACAUGCGGUUUGGCGGAGGUUGCACUCCGCGGGGGGUGUCGCGUCUCGGCCCGAGCUCCUGCAAGCCGUGAAGGACUUGGAGCAGGAGUACACGGCUGCAGAGAAGAAGCUCGGGGACAAGGACUUCCUUAAAGAAAAGGACGAAAUAAACCUGGCCUUGGCCAUGGAGCGGCGGGAGGUCAAGGUCGUCCUGUCACAAGGUCACGACCUUGAGACGGUGCGGCACGUGGUGUGGCGGCGUCUUCAAGAGGGGAAGGGACACUUCAAGUCCGCUCCCGAACUCCUUCAGGCCGUUUCCGACCUGAAACGCGAGUACGAGCAGGCCAGCAAGAAGCUCGCCGACGCGGAAAAGACUUUCGACGAGAAAACGGUCGCGUACAAAGACGGAGGAGGGAAGACGGUGGACGCUACGAGCGCAGAGCGCGUGCACAGAUCGAACAGCGUCGCGGACGCGAUGGCAAAUCCGGUCGUAGAGAACGUUCUCAGCGCGGGGUACAGCCGCGACCUGGUCCAACACGCGGUGUGGCGAAGGCUCGAGACGCACGGCGAAAACUUCCCGUCCGUCGCGGAGCUCCUGCAGGCGCUGAAGGACCUGGAGGAUGAAUACGCCCGGGCGAAGGAGAAACUCGGAAACGACGAGCUUCCCAGCAUCCCUCCUGCCGUAACCACGACGACAGACACACCACCUGAACCGGAGAACGUGCCCAGUACCGAGGACAUCCCUCCCUCCCCCACAACAGACAAUGGUCUAGCUCAGACAACAGAUGAUCGGUGUAAGGUGACAACAGAUGAUAAUGUAGAGUCGGAACUAGAGCGGUACCGAGAGGAGCACACGUGUAAGGUGUGCUUCGACGCGAGGAUCGAGGUUGUGUUCGUGCCGUGCGGACAUUAUGCCUGCUGCGGGCACUGCGCCGACGGCAUGGUGGAAUGUCCCAUGUGCCGGAGGGGGGUGGACUCGACUGUGAAAGUGUUUUUCUCCUAGGGCUUGCCAGAGAGUAUUAGCUGUUUCACAUCAUCAAAAAAUUGUGGAAAAAAAAGAUUGUUGGUUAGCAUUUGUGUCAAGACAUUCCCUAUACUCUUUUAUGAAUUGAUGAAAUGAAACUAUAGCUGUGUAUUAAAGCUGAGGUGUGGAUGGGCUUGACUCAUGUUGUUUUCUGUACAGAUAAAAAUGAAAAAAAGUGUUUUUUUUAACAAUUAAUUCUAGUAUUUUUACAUGUAUUUUAGAAUUGUACAAUUUAGAAAGCUUUUAAUUUAACAAAAUCUGUCAUGUUCUGUAAAUUACAAUGAGGAAAGUACCAGUGAGGGAUGUACAUAUAGGAGGGUUGCAUAUUUAUUACAUUAUACUGAUAAUAUUUUAUAAUAUUUUAAAAGUUGCCAGUAUUUGGAUUUUGUGCCAUGAUGUGUACUACAGUUGCAGAAUACUAUUAUCGUAGUAAGGAAAAACAUUUACAUGUACCUGAUACCAAUUUAUUUCCAAGUCAAGAUAUGAUGUGCCUUUUUGUAGUAUUUUCAACCAUAUUCUUCAGAAUCAAAACUUACUUGUUUUGAAUGCUGUAACUAAGGUGUGUUUACAUUUCUUGGCAUUAAAAUCAUGCAAGUGAAAA